UCGCGCUGGAUGGAACAACUUUCUCUUCAUCUUUCUGAUGAACUUCUGCCUUCUAAACUCAAUAUUUCAAUUCCAGGAAACAUGUCAUCGCCGGUGUCCAAACCCCAGAUCAUUGCACACAUCCAGAAGAGUUUGAACUACACGGUUUUUGACAGUAAAUGGAUCCCGUGCAGCGCCAAGUUCGUGUGUUUGGGGAACUUUCCCAGAGGAACCGGAGUCCUGCAGGUGUACGAGGUCCAGCACGGGGAGGCGACGCUCGUCAAGGAGGUAGAGAAACCUAAACCCUUCAAGUGUGGGACGUUUGGAGCCACUUCCCUUCAACAAAGACACAUAGCAACCGGGGAUUUUGAUGGAAAUCUCAGUAUUUGGGAUCUUGAAGCACCUGAAGUGUCUGUGUUCACUGUAAAGGCCCACAAAGAGAUUGUGAAUGCGAUCGAUGGUGUUGGUGGCCUGGGAAUUGGUGAAGGGGCUCCUGAGAUCGUAACUGGGAGCAGAGAUGGGACAGUGAAGGUCUGGGAUCCCAGGCAGAAGGACUCUCCUGUGGCUAACAUGGAGCCAGUGGAAGGAGAAACCAGGAGGGACUGCUGGACUGUUGCUUUUGGUCAUGCCUUCAAUGAUCAGGACAGAUGUGUGUGUGCUGGCUAUGACAAUGGCGACAUCAAACUCUUUGACCUGCGAAACAUGUCUCUGCGGUGGGAAACCAACAUUAAAAAUGGGGUGUGCUGUGUGGAGUUUGACAGGAAAGACAUCAACAUGAACAAGUUGGUGGCCACGUCACUGGAGGGAAAAUUCCAUGUCUUUGACACGAGAACCCAGCACCCCUCCAAAGGCUUUGCCUCUGUCUCUGAAAAGGCUCAUAAGUCAACCAUUUGGCAGGUGAAACAUUUGCCUCAGAACAGAGAGAUCUUCAUGACUGCAGGAGGAGCAGGAAACCUACAUCUAUGGAAAUAUGAGUAUCCUGCUCAGAGAAGCAAGAAGGACUCUGAUGGCGUGGACGUAGGCGUAGCUGGUUCAGUCAACCUCUUGCAGAACGUCACUUUGUCCACUCAGCCAAUCGCCAGCCUCGACUGGAGCCCGGACAAACAGGGCCUGUGUGUGUGUUCAGGUUUUGACCAGUCUGUCCGUGUUCUCAUCGUCACAAAACUCAACUUGGUGUGAAUAACGAAGACUCACGGUCAAGAUCUGUGCGGGCAAAUAUGAAAUCAACCACAUCUGCAAGAAUGCACUGUGACGGUGUAAAUACUGCCCUUUGUGAUGCUGAAUACUUCUUGUAUUUGACAAAAGCAAUUUCCACCUGUGAGUCUUGGCAAAUGUCUGGAUUUUGUACAACUGAACCUCAUCUUCCCUCAUCUUCCCAGAAACAAUUAGAUUCAAACGGAAUGAGAAAUUCUUGAGUUUAGUAUUUAUUAAAGGAUAACCUUGAAAUGUGAUCAUAUUGUGCUCAGAAACGCUCUGUAGCACAGUUGUGUAAUAUUCUCAUAAAUCCUGUUACUGGGAUGAAGAAAUGAGCAUACACCUGUUGGCUUGGGAUAAUUUGGGAUCAAGUUUUUUUUUGUGUUUUUUUUUUAAUGAAUUACAUGUCUUUGUCAGACAAUGUUAUGCGUUAUGUGUUAUUGAAGUUCUCUCUUUGGAUUUUUAAGAUUAAAAAUGCUUUUGGAGAAAAAUGAGUUACUUAGUGUCAUCUGCCUAACAUGAUUUCAAAUUUCCCCCAAGUGCGGGAUGAAUAAAGGAGCAUCUUAUCUAUCUAUGAUUCACUCAUAACAUUGAGAGUUUGAACUCAAAAGAAGGAUCUUUUAAUGACAACAGCACAAGAGAUGUCUUUGAAACAGAGUAAUGUAUCUGAGUUUCAAGUAAAGGCACGAGUGGGAAUACCAAAGUUGUCAAAUCCAGCAUCUGAAUUUGAAGAAGUCCUGUAGGUCUGGAUCGUCCUCUUGUCUGUCAUGGAUUCUUGCAUAGACGCUCUUCAGCAGCGCAGUGCUGCACUUUUCUUCCAAAAUACCAAUGUAUUUCUCUAUACAACCUGUGAACAUGGCCAGAGAUUAGUUAAUCAAAAUGUACAGUAUCCGUUACGCAAAUCUCCUUUUUCAAAGAUCAUAUUCAUUCGGCUUUUUCUAUUUUUUUUUCAAAACCAAUUCAUUGGACUUAAUUAUUCUAAUAAUUGAUCUCUGUUUUUUAAAGUUCUUUUCGUUCAUGGAUAUACUGUUUGUGUAACUGUGUAAUAUGCCAUUCAUCUGGCAGCUGAGUGUGUUCUAUGUCUAAAUAUAUGAAACCUUUAUUAAACUGCUUUUUUGAAUUAAA